AUGGCUCCCUCGAUCGGUUGCCUCCCCACUACCCCAGUUCGUGCACUUGCCCAGCGAUCAGAAAAUGACAGCUGCCAUGGCUGGGACUGUCUUGGCGAGGCUGCCCAGUUUGGCAUAAUCCUGGUCAUUUUCGCCUUUGUAGUCGCUCUGGGAUACCUGUACUGGCGAUUCCAGAUCAAGCGCGCCUAUCCCAUUGGCCGUAAUGGACGGCACUCCGAGGAUAGCUAUGAGGUUGAGAUUACUGGACAAACGUCUGACACAGUUUCUGUGACUAUUUACCCGGUACAGCGGCCUCCAGAAUCCCACGGAGAUGAUGAAAGGCGGCGUCUACAGCAGAGACGGCGAAAUGUAAAAGAUGCGGGAACCCAGCACGAGGAGAGCAUGUUGCCGGCCCCUGUCCAAAUCGAAGAUCUCAGACCUCCGGAGAUCCAUCUGGUCCCACCGCCGCCGCCACCACCAGCACUUUGGGCUGCCGCUUACCCAGUCGUCACGCCUCCAUCAGGCUUUGGACCGCCAUUUCUCUCGACGGCACAACCGCCUCCGGGUCUGGUGCACCAAGAAGCCCUCAGGGACAGUCCACCGGCAGUUCUCUACCCACAAUACGCGCCGCCUCCCCGCGGCUCCGUUCUCACAAUCCAAGGCCGCGAGCAAGCGCAGAUCGACGUAGACCCGGUCCCGAACGCAACCCAGUGCCAGACGGUGGUUUUACGCCUCGUAGGCGAAACACGGACACUCGGAGGCGUUCCUCAUCUCAUCGCUCACGGGCGGAUGGCUAUGGACAUACCGGUACUUGCAGGCGGCGCUCGUACACCACAUCUGAUGACGCCCAGCGGGGAAUUCCUGGCCGGUUGGUGA